UAGCAAAUAAACAACAUCUGGACAAUCAAUAAUAUCUCAUUGUGGUAAUACUGCGGAUUGGCAAUCAUGAAUAUCAUUAAAAGUACAUGCGUGGAAGUGAACAAAAGCUUUUGUUGCUAUGUACGUACAUGUAUCCUCCAUGGAAAAUGUAAAGUACAGUAUAUCUUAAAUAACAAGAUGGGAUGUGUCCUACUACUGCUGUGUUUGCUACUCUGUGCCGCAUCCCUCGCUGAAGCUCACAUUCAUUCACAGAAGGUCCAUGUCGAUAGAGACAGGCUUACAAUGAGCACAUGGUUGUACGCUUUGCUAUCAUCUGCUUUAGUGGGAGCCUGUGGCGUGUUCCCUGUGUUCCUGAACCGAUGGAUACAACUCGACUCUAGUUGCAAGGACAGUGUUGGAUUCAGAGCAAUUCUAUGCUUUGCAGUCGGUGGUUUGCUAGGCGAUGUGUUUCUACAUUUACUCCCCGAGGCCUGGUCGGACCCGAGCAAUCAGUACAUAGGCCUGUGGGUAAUGGCCGGAUUGCUGACGUUUCUAAUCGUGGAGAAGGUUGUCAAACAUACGGAGAUGACAAACAAACAGACUGAACUGGUGGAAACGGAUAAUUUAGUGUUGAACUCCAACUGCAGUAACAGUGUCAAUACUACUCACAACGGAACGUCGUUGAAACAGAACAAUAGUUUCAAAGAUUCACCUCCAAAACACAAGAACAUUACUAAAAUCUCUCAAGUGUUCGACAAAGAUAUUAGUGGAUACUUGAACCUUGUGGCUAAUUGUACAGACAAUUUCACUCAUGGUCUGGCCAUCGCCGCUAGCUACGUUGCAAGCCCAAUGGUCGGCCUCCUAACAACUGUUGCAAUACUCUGUCAUGAGAUUCCACACGAAAUUGGAGACUUUGCCAUUCUCAUCAACUCUGGUUUUAGUCUGAAAGAAGCAGCCAAGGCACAGAUGUUGACAGCUACUGGUGGUUUGUUUGGUGUUGUUGCUGGUCUUACGGCUGAAUAUCUGAGCAGUGUAUCGUCAUGGCUACUACCGUUCACAGCAGGAGGAUUUCUGUACAUAGCUCUGGUUUCCAUUACUCCAGAAAUAAUUGAAGUGAAAACAUUUAAACACCUCAUCUUGGACGCAUUAUCCCUGGGAGUGGGUGUAGUUGUUAUGGCUAUGGUGACCAUCGUGGAGAAAACAAGUUGUGACUAUGUUCCAUCUCAUUAUUUGUGAUAUAAUUCAACUGUUAUAUUUGUAUUCAACCUGAAUUUAUUUUUGUGUCAUUUAUUUUUGUGCAAUUUUAAAGUGAAAAAAUAUAUGUACAUACACUUCAUAAA